AUGAGAGCUGCAGUUAGCGCUGUUCUCGUCUUGCUGGCUUUCUAUCAAGCCACGGCACUGAAGUGCAACUACUGUUUCUCAAAGGGCAGCGAGCUCUGUAGCCCGACCAGCAUCCAAACAUGUUCCGGACGCAAUGAUGCCUGUGCUGGAGUUAUACUUCAAGUACCUAUAAGUCAGUCCUUCCGUCAGUGCAUGAACAUGGCUGUCUGUCAGGGUUACAUCCAAACACCUGGUGCAUUGGCUAAUUGUUGCAGCACUGACCUCUGCAACUGA